UUCUCUCUACCGUUAGGGUUUAGGGUUCAUGGCCGCUUGAAUCGAUAGAUAAGUGCUUCAUUGCGGCUCUGGUUUGCAUACCAGACCUUCCUGCCUUCACUAUCUGAUUCUUAUUUAAUUCUCUCCAAUUUGGUAAGUAAAUCUAAAAUCUCAAUUAGAUACCUGAAAAGGAAAGUAGAGUUGAUAACUUGACAAAGGGGGUAAAGGUGCCGGUUGUUAAAGAUUUAGCCUUUGCAGAUUCUGUUUGUUUGAAUUAUUUGGGGACGAUCAUCGUUUGAGGUUUUUAGGAUCUCCUGACAGUUAAUGAUGGAAGAAUCAGUCGACAAUAGUCCUCCUCAACUUGUUCCCUUCCUCGCAAAAUGCUGCGAUAUGGUCGAAGAUCCAGCCACUGAUUCCAUCGUUUCAUGGAGUCCGGCUAAUGAUAGCUUCAUUAUUUGGGAUAUGACUGCGUUUUCUAAGGAGCUGCUUCCCAAAUACUUCAAGCACAGCAAUUUCUCUAGCUUCGUCAGGCAGCUUAAUACUUAUGGUUUCAGGAAAACUGAUCCAGAUCGCUGGGAAUUUGCAAAUGAGAGAUUUAUCAAAGGUCAGAAGCAUUUAUUGAGGAGUAUUAACCGGAGGAAACAUUCUCAAGGCCUUGUUCAGCAGAAAAAGUCCCAGCGAAAGAACACUUCAGUUGGAGCAUGUGUUAAAGUUGGAAAAUUUGGGCUUCCUGAGGAAAUUGAGUCUCUCAAGAGGGACAAAAAUGUGCUCAUGCAGGAGUUGGUUAACGUCCGGCAGCACCAGCAAAUUGCGGAAGCUAGACUGUGUUGCUUGACAAAACGCCUUCAUGGAAUGGAGAAGGCACAGCAACAGAUGUUAUCUUUCUUGGCAAUGGCAAUGCAGAACCCUGGGUUUUUGGCUCAGCUUUUUCAACAAAAUGAGAACUGGCAUACGGCUGGUGCAAGCAAGAAGAGACGUCACCCCACACUAGAACAAGGUUCCGAAGACAAUGAAUCUGUAGCUUCUGAUGGGCAGAUAGUGAUGUACCAGCCACCAAGGAAUGAGAUCCCAGAGCCUGUUUUCAUGCCAGUCUCAAACUCAAAUGCAUCUCAUGAUCUGGAAAAUGGAGCGAAUGAGCUCUUCAUAAAUAUGGAUUCCAUGUCUUCACCAUUCGGAAAGGACUUGCUAUCUUCAGAGAAUGAUGACCCAUUAAUCCUCCCAGAUAUACCUGAUGAUUAUCAAAUGUUGGAUCAGCUUCUACUGGCUUAUCCGUUCUUGGAGAAUGUUGAAGAGACCGAGUCAAAUAUUCCAGAGCCCAUGGACACUGGGAUGGAAGUGGAAUCUGCAGAAAUGAUACCAGUUUAGAGAUGCUGCAGAAUGGGGAAUCAACUGAACAUGAUAACAGUUCAGAGAUGUCACAGAUGUUGGACAUCCUAACGGAACAAAUGGGACUUCAAGCAUCUGAAACUAACAACACGGAGGUUAGUACUAUCUCUACAUAAAAAGACGGUAUGGUUCCAAAUUUCACCUGAAGAUCCAUCAUCCACCUUUUGGUUGUCAUAAGCAUUAUAUGGUAUUUUAUUA